AAAACGAGUUUCGUGGCGAACGGUCGAUCAGCGCCAGUCGUUGCCGCAGUCGCAGUCGCAUUCCGUGGCCCUAAAGAAUUUCGACGCAGCCUCUCGCUGUAUGUGUGUGUGUGUGUGUCUGUGUGUAUGCGUAUGUGUGUUUCUCUGCGUUGCGCCUGUGCAUUGUUUAUUUACAUACAUUACAUGUUUUCCAUUUGGCGUUUUAAUUGGGCAGCGAGUGCAAUUGUGUGUACCGUGUGUAGGCAGGCAGCCGCUUAGUAAAUAUUAGUUUCUUUUUUUUUAUUUAUUUUUAUUUUUUUUUGUGCUUUCUCAAAAAUCAAAUAAAAGAAGAAAGAAAAAAACUGCACUUCUGUAUAUGUGUAUUUAGCUGCAUGUGAACUAACAGGAAACAGCGAGCAAUUAAACAAACGACGUUCACGCAGUCGCAGUCGCGGUCGCAGUCGCCGUCGCAGUUGCCGUCGCAGUCGCAGUUAGAAGCAUGGAGCCCAAGACUCGCUAAUUGAGGUCGUCGCUAGAUUUCGCAGCCCACAAAUCGGACGCCAUUUUGUAGUAUGCUUCAGAAAUAUUACGAAACAUUCUAGAGAGGGGCGUUCAAUUGAUCAACAAAUAACAAGCAAGAAGAAGAAACACCAGACAGAAGGACAAGGACGAAAAAAAAGAACAGAUACUCGCAGAUAAUUGCAGUUUACAUUCCAGCAAAAGAGGCAAGGAGAAACGAAGGGUGUGAGGGAGAGAGAGAGAGAGAAAGAGAGAGACAGAGCGAGCGUGCCACGCCCUAAACAUGAGCAGCAUGAAGGGCGGCUUCUCCACACUAAAUCGUUGGUUUGGCCGCAAAAAGGAUAAAUCUGGCGUUGGCAGUGCCGCAUCCAAUGGCAAACUAUCGAAGUCAACAACACAGCUGCAUCAUCUGUCCACGGACACGAACAUGCACAUCAAUGAGGCUAGUCAGCUGGAUUAUAAUCGGAUAACCCCCCUGCCCGUUGCCACCAGCAAUGCCCCCUUCGAGCAGACCUUUCGCAUCACCGUCCUCCUGCCCAAGGAUCAGCUCUAUGUGGCACGAUUGGGCGCCCGUGUGCCGCUCAGCAAGCUGUUAUCCUUGGUCUGUGACAACAAACAAUUGGAUGCCGAUAAAUAUGAGUUCCGAAAUCCAGUGGAUGCUAGUCAGGUGUACAGCUGCGAGUCGACAAUUGGAGCAGUGGGUCUAUCGGAGAUUCGUUUGUGCCACAAGUCCGAGUCCUACGACAGCUUCAAUGCGGACUCGAUGCUCAAAUUUCAGCGCACGGUCGCUGCACGGGAUUCGUUGAGCAGCAGCUCGGACUUUAGCAGCAGUCGACACUCGCAGUCCAAGUUGACGGCCAAAACACCGAGUCCAUAUAGUUCAAGUAAUUCGCUAAACUCGAUGGAUUCCACGGGCAUGAAUUAUACGAGGACGCCGGUGGUGCCACCAAAGGCGCUUGCACCGCCGCCCCGUAAGAAGCGUGUGGCGCCACGUCCACCCAGUCAGCUGAUGAUACCGGAGCAAUCGGUGGCGCAGUUUACCACAGAGCGGGACAGGGACAGGAACAGAGAGAGGGAGAGGGAAAGAGAGAGAAGCACAGAGCCCGCUUAUGCGGUAAUUGUAAAGCGUCCACAAUUAUGCAUGUCCACGCCCAAUUUGGCCAGCACACCCGAGUUGGAAACGGAACUGGUGAACGAGCUAGAUUGCAAUGGGAACAGUGCCAAGACGCUGGAUGGUGGACACUAUGCGACGCUGGAGAUCAAAACCAAUGGAGGAUUGCCGGAGCCAACGCCACGCAAGCGUUUGAUACAGCUGAAGAAGAAGACGGCGCCGGCACCACCGCCAACAGAUGCAAUGUCAGCUAUGUCGGCGGACAGCAUCUCGCUGGCCUCCACAACGGCGUCCAUCACUGAAAUGGCACCACAGCCGGCGCCAAGGAUAACGACGCCCAAUCCCGCUCCGGUUACACCAUCAGCUCCCACUCCUACCCCGAGCCCUACCCCCAAUCCCAGCACUAAUCCUGAGGAGCAGCUGCCACCGCCGCUGCCAAUGAGUGCAGCGCCACAGUUGUCGACAAAUCAAAAUGUCUCCAAGGUGCUUUUAAACCGCACGCCAACUCCAGAGCCGCGUUCCUUGAGCAGCGCCAACGAGGAGGAGGAAGAGGAGAUGGAGGAGGGAGAGGGGGAGGGUGAGGAGGAUAACAAUGAUGCCGCCUCCAAGCAGGCAGAUUCUGGCAUUGGUGAGCCUGUGGUCACACCCCUGAACUCCACAUCGCCAUCUCCCGAACCGGAGCCACAACCCGAACGGGAGAAGGCAUCAGGAUUGCAGUUAAAGUCACAGCUGGAGUCCAGCUCGGAGGAUGAGGAGGCCAUCAAGGUGUACAAUUUCAAGACCAGCUGCGAGACAUCGCUGAAGACAGCGCAGGAACAGCAGCUGACCAAAGUCACAACUCUGGCGGAGCUCAAAGUGCUGACAAAGUCGGUAGGGGAGGGGGAGGAAGAGGGUGGUGCAACAGAGGAUGAAGCAACGUCGGAGCAACCGACACCGAACAGUGCCAGCGAAUUGACAUCGCUGUCAUCCUGGAACUAUGCUGUACCCAUUUCACCGCCACCAGAUUUUUCCGAUACACGCUCGAAAGAUCGAGGAAAUAAUGUGGCCAGUUCGCCGCUGGACGAGAUCGUGGAUGAGCUGUCGUCGAUCAUCAAUCAACAGCGUCUGGACACGUUGAUUCGACAGGCGCCGGAGCAGUCACAAAUUGAAGCCGCCAAACCGAAUCGAUUGGCCAACUUUAGUAUUGCCUCCAUUUCCAACGGAUGCACUACAAGAUCUGGCAACUCCAGCAGCUCCAGCAGCAGCACAGCGACAACUCCAACGACUCCGAAGACCAUCAUGCGAGCGGAUUCCUUCCAGGCGGUGGGACAAUCGGGUUUGGGAUUACGUUUGCGCAGCUCCUCGCAGCUGUCGUUGAACAAGCUUGAGAUUGGGAAUGCUAGUGGAGGUCUGCAUCCGAGACGCUCCUCCAGCGAGCUAAGCAUUGCGGAGUCACCAUCGCUGCAGAGCUUGGAGCUGAUCAAGACCAUAUUGAGCAACUCGAGGAAGAACAGCCUGGCCGAUAGUCCGGAUAGUCCACAAUCAGGUCAACUACAAGUCCAGCUUGAGACAUUUGUGAAACCAAAGAAGAGCCCAUCCACAUCCACACGCUCACUUUCAAAUGGCGCCGCAUCGCCUGUGUCCAUUACUCCAACUUCUGCUGUCGCCCCAGCGUCAUCUUUCGUUCCCGCUCCUGCUUCUGCUCCUGCUCCAUCUUUCGCUUCGCCUUCGCUUUCUGCUCCUGUUGCAUCCGUCAGAGCCAGUCCAGUGGAGGAUAUUUUAGCAGAGCAACCGGCGCAGUCAGUUUCUAGUGCAUCCACAGCGACUCUCUCAUCCAUAACAUUGUUGUCCCCCUCUCCUGCUAGUCCUGCUUCCUUCGUAGAGGCAGAGAGUCAAGUGGCGAUAUCUCCUGUUACUUCUCCAGCUCUUUCACCCUCCCCGAUUACCUCUUCCGCUGCUUCCUCUCCAGCUUCAGCUUCUGCUCCUUCUCUCUCCCCUGCUCCUGCUUCAACUUCAACGCCUGCUCCGGCUCCGGCUCCUGCUCCUGUUCCCGCAGCCAAGCCGCUGCCCCCGACCUACCGCUACUCCGGUCCGCCCAGCAUCAAUUUCGCCACAUGGAGCGAACGUCCCAAAUCACAGGUGGCCAUUAAAAAUGAAGGAGAUUACAUAUAUGGAGGUGCAACAACAGCAGCAGCAACAGCUGCACCACCUGCAGCACCACCAAAGCCCGUUGCAGCGCCUGCAAAGCUGACCAUUGAGGUGGCUUCGCCCAUCUUGCGCAUGGGAAUUCCACGCAAGGAAUAUCAUGUGCCCAUUACGGUGAAGCCGCUGAGGGAUGCGAAUGAGGAGCUGGAGAGGGAGCAGCAGAAGCAGCGGGAGAUGCAGGCGAAUCCAGCACAGAAGCCGGAGCUGCCUUCGAGGGAACCAAUGAAGGAGUCACAGAGGGAAAUCUUGCGGGAACCACUGAGGAAAACUGUGAUGGAAUCACAGAGGGAAAUCUUGCGGGAACCACAGAGGGAUCUCGUCAAGCCCUCAACUCUGCCACGUCCAGCGAAGAGCAAUCGCUUCACGUUGCCCGCACAAGCACACAGCACAAUCACAUCACCGACAUCCUCAACCACGACAACGACAACGAUGUUGAAUGCCACGUCGACCAAUUCGUUGCCACGCCCCCUGUCCACGCUGGAGAGGAAGUCGUUGCAAGCGGAGCCUGUGGCGGCGCCAUUUGGACAGAACACGUUGCGUCGCACUGGCUUCAAGGAGCGCAUGCUGGCCAAGGAGCAAGAGGAGAAGGAGCAGGCGUUGCGUGUGCGCGUCUCUGUGAACGGCAUGGCCACGCCCAUGCCCACACCGACACCCACGCCCACAGUCACAGCAGCAGCAACAACAACACCAACAGCAGCAGCAGUAGAGUCAAAGGCAACGAUCAUCAGGAGCAGCAAGCUAGAACUUAAGUUGCAACAACAGCAGCCAGAAGUGGCAACGCCAGUGGCAGCGCCAGUGGCAACUCCCAUGCUGCAAGUGAAACUGCGACCGACCAGCCAAAUGCCAGUUGCAACAUCCUCGCCGCCCCCUCCACCGCCAGCGGCACCACCAGCCCCCGCCAAGGCGAAACCCAUGCGAAAUGUGGGCGUGGCAGCGCCAGAUCCGCGCACGCAGCUCUUGGAUGCGAUACGCAACUUCAAGCGGGAAGAGCUCAAUAGGGCCUAGAAGCAAACUUGCAAGAAAAAGCUGCAAAUAUUGGAAACGAAAUGCACAAAGCGAAUGCGCAAAUUUUUUUGUCAAAUUUUUAUUUUCUUAUCAAUUUUUCCAUUUUUUUUUUCUUGUUUUUUAAUUUUGUUGUAUCUAUUGUAAAUAAUUAACAAGUGUUGUUAUACAUGAAAUAUUAGUAACAAUUUGCUGCUUGGCGCGCUUAAACAAUUUAAACAUAUAUAAAUAUAUAUACAUAAAUAUUUUUUUUAACUAUUAUUAACUUCUUGUUAUGAACUAUGUUUUUUUUUUUUACUGAAAGGAAAAAACUUUGUUUUAGUCGUAAGGUCACUAGAACCCAAAAGAAAAGUAAAAAGAAAUGAAUAACCCACAAACAAAGCGAGAAAAAUGAAGAGCGAAAAAGCAAAAGCAAUUAUCUACAAUACGUCAUAUGCUAUCAUCAUAUUUUCUAUUUUAUAGUGAAUUAUAGUAACCAAUUUUCUAACCAAUGGGACUGGUCUACUUAGUCGUGUCAAAGCAAAAAAAAAAAGAAAGAAAAACUAAUUCUAUGUUAAAUAAAGCAAACAAAAAAACAAGUAAUCAACUAAUAGCACAAAAUGCAAAUCGAGCGAUAAGCGAACGAAUAGAAGGCGUUAUUUACAUAUGUAUAGCGCUAAUAAAUUAAUAUAAAUAAUUACACACAUACACAUACAUAUAUUGUGCGCUGUAAUUAGUUGCAUAUUGUAUUGAUAAAUUAAUAAAUAAAAUGAUUUAAAAAACCUGAAAAA